AACGGUCCCAAGAACAAAUUAGGCUAUUUUCUGCCAACCUUGAUGGGUGCUGGGUUAUCUCGUUUUAAGCUAUCCUUGAUCAUUUCUAUGCAAGGUGCUAAUUUGUUAGCUUCUACUGUCAGCGUUUCUUUCCAUUUUGUUAGUGUCGUCGUUUCCCUGUUCAGAAAACUCCAGAGAACUGCACGAGAUAGUUCACCGGAACGGGGAAUUGAAUAAGGUUUGUUUGAAUUACUGAAUUCAAGAUCUAUACAAGUCAUCAAAAGAAUGGAAACAGAAUUGAAGUGCGUCUGGGUUCCGGGGCCUGUGAUAGUGGGUGCUGGGCCUUCGGGGCUUGCCACUGCUGCUUGCCUCAAAGAGAAAGGAGUUCCCUCACUGAUACUCGAGAGAGAGAACUGUUUAGCCUCCUUGUGGAAACUGAAAGCUUACGAUCGACUAAGACUUCAUCUCCCUAGACAAUUCUGCGAGCUCCCAAAUAUGGCCUUCCCACCAGAGUUUCCCAUCUACCCAACAAAGCUACAGUUCCUGAGCUACAUAGAAGCUUACGCUAAGCACUUCUCAAUUGAGCCCAUGUUCGGCAAAGAGGUUCGACAUGCUGAUUAUGAUUCAACCUUGGGUUUCUGGAGAGUGCGAACGAAUGAGUCUGAGUUUGUCUGCCGGUGGUUAGUUGUAGCCACAGGGGAGAAUGCAGAAGCUGUGAUGCCGGAGAUUGCUGGGAUGUCAGAUUUCCGGGGUAGGCUCCUGCAUACUAGUAUGUAUGGACAUGGAGCUGGUUAUAACGGAAAGAAGGUUUUAGUCGUGGGAUGUGGAAACUCCGGCAUGGAGAUUAGCUUGGAUUUAUGUAACAAUUGCGCUCAGACUUCAUUAGUAGUAAGAGACAAGUUACAUGUUUUGCCCAGGGAAAUGCUUGGGCUGUCGACCUUUGGUCUUUCAAUGUGGUUACUCAAGUGGUUUCCCACAAAACUGGUCGAUUGGUUUCUUCUCUUCUCUUCAUGGUUUAUCCUUGGAGAUAUCCAGAAAUUUGGGCUUACAAGACCCAAAAUUGGGCCCCUAGAGCUGAAGAAAACUACUGGAAAGACUCCAGUUUUAGAUGUCGGUACCCUAGCCAAAAUCAAGACCGGAAAAAUCAAGGUAGUUCCUGGUAUCCAGAGAUUCACCAGGGAAGGUGUAGAGUUUGUUGAUGGAAGAGUUUUGGAAUUCGAUUCAGUGAUUCUAGCAACUGGGUACAGAAGCAAUGUACCUUCAUGGCUCAAGGAGGGAGAAUUCUUUAACAAGCAAGAUGGGUAUCCAAAAACGCCAUUCCCAGGCAGUUGGAAAGGUAGCAAUGGACUCUACAGUGUCGGCUUCACCAAGCGAGGCCUGUUAGGAGUUUCUGCAGAUGCUCGGAGAGUUGCCGAAGACAUAUCACGACAAUGGAAUUCAGAAACAAAGCAUUUGUGCUUUGAAUUGUAAACCGAACAACUUACACCAGA